AUGGCCAUCCGGUUACCUUUUCGCCUGUUGCGUGCAAGUAAAAGAACCACCCCUCUCAUUCCUUCGCAAAGGACCUAUAGCGCCAGUGCAAAGUCGCCCUCCUUUCCGACGGUCCCGACGUGCCCAUCGCCCACAUGCGAGUGCGCCCCGACGCCGGCGAUGCCGGAUGGCCUCCCGAUCGACCAUCAGGGCAAGCUGAACGGACUCAUCUCAAACUACUCCGAGCAAGUGCUCAUCUGCACAGGCAAGGGUGACUGGCCGUCGCGCAUCGAGGAGGACAAUAGCGGGGACAACCUCGCCGCGGACCUGAAGGAGCUGUUCGGCAGGGGCGGGGUCUAUUCUGACCCGUUUCACAACAUAUCUGUGCUCAGCUCGUCUUUCCCCUCCUCGAUGCCACAGAGGACGGAGCUGGUAAACACCUCGGCGUACCUGCUGCCCAGCUUCAAGUACGUGCCCUUUCUGCCGCGGGUGUCAUUCGACAGCGUCGAGGCGCUGGCGAAGGGGUUCCUCCUGCCGGAGCAGCUGCACCCCAUGCACGACAGCCUGUCGCCGAUCCACCGCGACAGAUUGACGCGGAAGCCCGUGUACCAGAGCCUUCUCCACGGUGUCCGAGACGUAGACGACAUCCUGGUCCUCGUUUGUGGUCAUGGCGGCCGCGAUAUGCGCUGUGGCGUCAUGGGGCCCGUCCUCAGGGAUGAGUUUGAGAUGCAGCUGCCGCGGGAGGGCAUCAAUGUCCUGCGCGGGCCCGUCCAGGUCGACCUGGGCCAGGAUGUGGCGGCCAUAGCGGGCGCGAUCGAGAAGACGACCUGGACUGCGCGGGUGGGAUUGAUAUCUCACAUUGGCGGGCACAAGUUUGCGGGCAAUGUGAUCAUAUACCUGCCACUGUCCAUGACUGGGGCUGAUGGGAAGAGACAUCCUUUGGCCGGGCAUGGCAUUUGGUAUGGCAGGGUGGAACCAAAACAUGUUCAGGGCAUUGUGCAGGAGACGGUGAUGAGAGGCAAUGUAGUCGAGGAUAUGUUCAGAGGCGGUAUCACGCCGAAGAGGGAAAUAUUGAGGUUAUAG